GAAACAGGGCAAAAUUCCGGCUCCUCCGUCAAGAGACCAAAUUGCAAUUAAAGAAUUAUACUGUAAUUUUCUUUUUUCCUAUAUAAGUGCAGAACCCUAUUAAUCUUUUCCUUACCCAAUUCCAAACGCAUCGAAACAGAAAAGCUUUCUGUUUCGGAUUCGGCGUCUUAUUCUUUCUUAAAUCUUCAUGUGGCUUUUCGAAUGGACUUUGGUGACUUCGAAGUGAAAGCCAUAAUUGUAGCUGCUCCACUAUCUUCAACGUGAACUAUUUUAGAGGCUGUUUCCCAAACAUGGAUUCGCGGAAGUGCAAACCUUCUGGUGGUGCAUCUUCCCUUAGUGUUGCGCCUUUGAGUGUUUCAAAUCAGAUGGGUGAGAUGGCUAGGUCCGUCAAGAAUAUGGGAGCUGUUGAAACUGAUGUGGAUAUAGAGCUCAGGGAAGUUUACUUUUUAAUCCUACACUUUUUGUCUGCCGGGCCAUGCCAGAGAACUUUUGUACAGUUCAGGAAUGAACUUUUAGAGCAUCAGCUUCUACCUAGAAGAUAUCAUGCUUGGUUUUCUAGAAGUGGUGAGCCCAGUGGGGAUGAUGUUGACGACAAUGAUGGCGUCUCUUUACCUUUAAAUUACAACAAUUUAAUGGACAGGUAUCCUCACAUAGCUAAGGAUCACUUGGUAAAGCUUCUGAAGCAAUUAAUGCUAAGUGUGGCCCAUCCUUUGCAUGGAAAACAAGGAGGAAGUAGUCCUAAUGCAGCUGAUGUUCCUACUUUACUUGGAUACGGUUCAUUUUCGCUUCUUGAUAUUGAUAGAAAAACGGCUGACAAGCAGGUUAAGCCACCUCCACUUUACCUGCGUUGGCCACAUAUGAAGGCUAAUCAGGUUCAGGGGCUAAGUUUGAGGGAGAUUGGAGGUGGUUUUACAAAGCACCAUCGUGCUCCAUCUAUUCGCAGUGCAUGUUAUGCUAUUGCCAAACCAUCUACUUUGGUGCAAAAGAUGCAAAAUAUUAAAAAGCUAAGGGGGCACCGUGUGGCUGUCUAUUGUGCCAUAUUUGAUGGAUCAGGGAGAUAUGUUAUCAGUGGUUCAGAUGAUCGUCUUGUCAAGAUUUGGUCUAUGGAAACUGCAUUUUGCUUAGCUAGUUGCCGUGGACACGAAGGCGAUAUUACUGAUUUGGCUGUAAGCUCAAACAAUGCUUUGGUGGCAUCUGCUUCCAAUGAUUUUGUCAUUCGAGUUUGGCGUUUACCAGAUGGGAUGCCAAUAUCAGUUUUGCGGGGACAUACUGGAGCUGUUAAUACCAUUGCAUUUAGUCCCAGGCCCAAUGCUGUAUACCAGCUACUAUCGUCAUCAGAUGAUGGAACUUGUAGAAUAUGGGAUGCAAGAAAUUCACUCAAUCCACGAGUAUACACGCCUCGACCUUCAGAUGCUAUAACUGGGAAGAGCAAUGCUCCACCAGCUAAUUUACCGUCCUCAAGUAAUGUUCAACAAAGCUAUCAAAUACUUUGCUGUGCAUAUAAUGCAAACGGAACUGUUUUUGUUACUGGUAGCUCUGAUACUUUUGCCAGGGUGUGGAGUGCUUUAAGGCCUAACACCGAUGAUUCAGAACAACCAAUACAUGAGAUGGAUUUAUUAUCUGGUCAUGAGAAUGAUGUUAAUUAUGUACAGUUUAGUGGUUGCUCUGUGGCUUCAAAAUUUUUGACAUCUGACUCUUGGAAAGAAGAAAAUACACUGAAGUUCAGAAAUUUCUGGUUUUGUCAUGAUAACAUAGUGACGUGCUCUCGUGAUGGAAGUGCAAUUAUAUGGGUUCCCAGAUCUCGUAGAUCUCAUGGGAAAGUAGGACGUUGGACUCGUGCGUAUCAUCUAAAAGUGCCACCACCACCCCUGCCUCCCCAACCUCCGCGAGGAGGUCCAAGGCAGAGAUUUCUACCUACUCCUCGUGGUGUCAAUAUGAUUGUAUGGAGCCUGGACAACCGCUUUGUACUUGCAGCUAUUAUGGAUUGCAGAAUUUGUGUUUGGAAUGCAGUUGAUGGCAGCUUAGUGCACUCUUUGACUGGUCAUACUGCAUCUUCUUAUGUCUUGGAUGUUCAUCCUUUCAACCCUCGGAUAGCUAUGAGUGCUGGGUAUGAUGGACGAACCAUUGUGUGGGAUAUUUGGGAGGGCAUACCUAUUUCGACAUAUGAAAUUGGACGUUUUAGAUUGGUUGAUGGGAAAUUUUCUCCGGAUGGAACAUCAAUUGUGCUUUCAGAUGAUGUUGGCCAAAUAUAUUUCUUGAAUACAGGUCAAGGCGAGUCCCAAAAGGAUGCAAAAUAUGAUCAGUUUUUUCUUGGUGAUUAUCGACCCCUUAUUCAGGAUACUCAGGGAAACGUUCUUGAUCAGGAGACUCAACUUCCACCACACAGAAGAAACAUUCAGGAACCUCUAUGUGAUUCUAGUAUGGUGCCAUAUCCAGAACCAUAUCAAAGUCAAUUUCAGCAACGUCGGCUUGGUGCUCUUGGCAUUGAAUGGCGUCCUUCUUUGAUAAAAUAUGCUGUUGGUCCAGAUUUUAGUGCUGGUCAGGACUACCCGGUGAUACCUUUGGUAGAUUUGGAAGGAAUGGUUGAGCCACAACCAGAAUUGAUAGAUGCCAUGUUCUGGGAGCCAGAAUAUGACAUCAUAAGUGAUGAUGCUGACUCUGAAUACAAUGUGAAUGAGGAUAAUUCUAGUGCAGCCGAGCAAGGUAGUCCUAGUGCCAUCUCUUCUAGUGAUCUAGAAUGCAGUGAAGAUGACUCUGGUAAUCGGGAUGGCCUUCGAAGAUCAAGAAGGAAAAAACAUAAUAUUGAAGUUGAGGUAAUGACUUCUUCUGGAAGGCGUGUUAGGAAAAGGAAUUUGGAUGAGUGUAACGGUAAUACUUCUGGAAGUAACAGAACUAAGAAAUCGAAAGGCAGCUUGAAGUCAUCAAAAAGGAAAUCUUCCAAAGCUAAGCCAUUGAGACCCCAGAGAAUUGCUGCACACAAUGCUCGUAAUAUGUUCUCUCAAAUUGGUGAAACAACUACUGAUGGGGAAGAUAGUGACUCGGAAGAUGAAUUAUCAGAUAGUUUGCAAGAUUCAGACAAACUCAGUGAAUCUGAGAGAAAACUGCAUAAUAAGCAUGAUGAAUUUAAAAGACCCAUUUUGCAAGACUUUGCCAAUGUGUCUAAGCCUCCUGCUUAUUCUGAGUCACAGGUAAAUAAUGAAAAUAGACGGAGACUGGUUGUUAAGUUUUCACUUCGUGAUUCUAAGAAGAAUGCGCCCUUAGAGGACACCAGACUAGCAUGUGAGACUCUGGCUAAUAUGGCAUGUCAGUCUUCUAGAUCCCAACCCCCAGAAAGUGUUCGACAAACUUCGCCAGACAGAAUUUCUAUGGACCCACCAUUAUCUUUUAGAGCUGCAGCAAAUGCUAAACUUUCUCAAAGCCACAACAGAAAUGAAAAUACUGAUAAAACACAAGCUGAAAAUGCUACAAAUAAUCUGGACACAUCCAUAUGCGUUGAGGAGAACACAGAUCAGUGCAGACAGAUGAAGAGACACACAUAUGAACUUUCAGGAUCAGGGGAUGCUUUGUUGACUGAUACUGAAGUUGAUGGCCAUCUUGAACACAAUCCCAAUGGGAGAUCAGAACAUAUGACCACCAAGUUAGAGGUUGUGGGCAGCAUGAUUAAUACAGAGCUGGCAUAUCUUGAUAGUGCACCUAAAUCCAAACAUUCUUUGCUUGGCAAUCAUAAGCCAAAUACUGAUGGCUCCUUGACAUCUGAUUAUGAUAAGUUGAAUAGUGGUAAUAAAGGCCGGUCUGGAUCUGACAAAUAUGCAGAGGACUCACAGGGAAACAAUGAACUUGUUCACUCAAGCCACUCUCCCGACCUCAAAAUGAAAGCACCUAUGAAAUCAACUAAGUUAGUUAUUAAAAAGAAACAGACUUCAGCAGACAUUGAAGGUCCUUGCAAACUGAAAUUUGUUAGUUCUAAGGCAGAUUCAACAGAUGCUAGAGAUGAUGUAAUCUUAGGAAGUUCCUCUUUUAUGGGGCCUAAUCUAGUUAUGGAAGUACCAGAAGGUGAAGAUGACAGAAAAUUAAGUUCUCCACAGCUACUGCAGUUUGAUCCUGACCAGAAUAGUUACCAUCACAUCCAUGAAAGGGACAAGUCUUAUAAAGGUGGAGUCAAUCCAGGUGGUUCUGGUUGUGAUCAGGAAGAAAGUACUUCAACUUUCAGCAAUGAACACUAUUUAGGAAUUGGUUUAUCUGGUGUUUUAAGUGAUCCAAUCCGUCGAACACGAUCCACCAGGAUGAAGACAACUUCUGAGGAGCCAAAUGCUUUGAAUACAAGGAUUAAAUUUAGAAUGGGCCAAAAUUCCAGGGGCACAUCUAGUCGGGAAGAUUCUUCUAUUAAAGUGUCCAAUCAACUUCACCAAAGAACUAGGUCUGCUAGAAACAGGCAUGGUGAAUAUAUUGCCAAUGACCCUGGUAUUUUAACUCGAACAGUGUCGAAUCACCAUGUCAAAAAAUUGUCAUGGCUGAUGCUAUCAGAGCAUGAGGAGGGUUACCGUUAUAUUCCUCAACUUGGUGAUGAAGUUAUGUACUUGAGACAGGGCCAUCAAGAGUACAUAGAGUCGUGUAUACCAUCUGAAUCAGGUCCAUGGAGAUCAUUUUCCGGAUUAAGUGCUUCUGAAAUCUGCAAGGUUGAAGAGCUUGAGUAUGCGGAGCUCCCAGGUUCUGGGGAUAGCUGUUGUAAACUAAAACUAAAAUUUGUAGAUUCUUCUUCAAAUGUGCAUGGAAAGUCAUUUAAAUUAACUCUGCCUGAAUUGAUUAACUUCUCUGAUUUUGUUGUUGAGAAAACAUGGUAUGAUACUGCGAUUAAGAGAAAUUGGUCUUCAAGAGAUAAAUGCAUGGUCUGGUGGAGAAAUGAAGAUGGGAAAAGUGGAAGUUGGUGGGAUGGUCGAAUUAUUUCAGUGCAGGCAAAAUCUCAUGACUUCCCUGACAGUCCUUGGGAUAGGUAUCUGAUCCAGUACAAGACUGAUCCGACAGAAAAUCAUCUGCAUAGUCCGUGGGAACUAUAUGAUCCUGAGAUUGCAUGGGAGCAACCCCACAUUGAUCCUGAGAUCAGAGAUAAGCUGCUGUCUUAUUUCACUAAAUUAGACCAAAAGGAGAAGUAUAUCCAGGCAUUGAACCAAGUAGCUGAGAAGUUAGAUUUUUCAAACAGGUUUCCCGUCCCAUUAUAUCCUGAACUGAUUCAGUCAAGGUUGAAGAAUGACUAUUAUCGGUGUCUGGAAGGUGUCAAGCAUGAUAUAAUGGUAAUGCUAUCAAAUGCUGAGGAGUACUUUACAUUAAAUGUUCAACUGUUGAAGAUCAGGCGAAUAUCAGAAUGGUUUAGAAGGAGACUUGAAAGGAUAUAGAAAGCCCAAAGCGGGUUUUAUAGAUUUCUUCUAACAUUGUUUCUCAUUCUUUAAUCCAAUUUUGGAUAAUUAUUUGGCCUUUAAUCAAUGGUUUAAUAGAAUGGAGAAGGCCGUAGACGGUGGUAAAUAUUAGUUGCCACGUCACGUGGGUGUGUAUAUAUAUUUACGUACUCAUCAUUUUAAAUACCAAGUGUCAUUAUGAUGAUUCGUAUGA